AUCCUCUGUGGCUCCAAACAGUUCUCUCCUACUAACAGGCCUCCCGGCAUACUGUGGGUCAGGCUCAGUCUCGUCCGCUGCUACCCUUAUCUUGGACCCAGCCGAGGACACGCCCCCCUUUCUCCCCACGGAGCUACUAAAGGCAGUUCCCUGGUCAUCGUACGUGCGGCUCUGACUCAGCCUCGUUCCGGACAAGAGCUCCCAGUCUUCCUCGUCCGGAUUAAACUCUGCCGGACGGGGAUCGCUCACGAUCCGCAGUCUUUCGGACAAACUCAGUUCUGCCAUUCGUGUAGACGUCCACGUGGUUGACCGUAUGUUCUAAUAAAGCGACGCGAAAAAUUUGCAAAACACAUGACCCUGCUUUUGUGUUUCUACAACUUUUUUGCAGUUCUCCUAAAACAAGACUCCCCUGAAGUGCCGGAGAGAUGAGUUUCCUGGGGUUUGGGUCCUCGGCUGAGAUAGCCAUAGAGCUGGCAGACGGCGACAAGAGGAAGAAGGUGGACGUCAAGAACGAGGAGGGGAAGAAGGAAAAGCUACCUCUCUACCUCGACGGAGAGUCUGUCUCUGGCAAGGUGAGGAGGGAGG